AUGGCGCACCCAGCCACUGUUGCAUUCUUCUCCUUUAAAUACCCCGGUCGGAGUGAGCGAUUCAUCCCAGUCGGUGGCGCGCAGACCGGAUCGAGUUACAACAAUGUCCGGACAUCUAAGGGCCGCGUUCUUGGUCACACUACUACUCCUGAUGUUGGUCAUACAUGUACCAAAUGCAUGUACCAUAGUGGGAUUGGGGGUGGUGGCUUUAUGCUAGUCCGGGCUCCUAAUGGCUCCUUCGAGUUCAUCGACUUCCGUGAGACGGCUCCGGCUGCCGCAUUCGAGGAGAUGUUCAAUAACUCGACUCACGCAUCUACAAUUGGUGGCUUAGCUAGUGGCGUGCCUGGCGAGCUGCGUGGAUUGGAGCAUCUUCACAAGAAGUAUGGUUUAUUGCCGUGGUCGGUCCUGGUGCAACCUGCAAUCAGGACAGCUCGUGAGGGCUUCCCCGUUGGCCAGGAUCUAGUGAAGUACAUGAAAUCGGCUGUUGGUGACGGCAAGGACUUUUUAGUCGAGAACCCGACAUGGGCGCUCGACUUUGCUCCCAAUGGCACCCGGGUUGGACUGGGAGACAUCAUGACUCGGAGGCGCUACGCUGAUACGCUCGAAACCAUCGCAAACAAGGGACCGGAUGCUUUUUACUCAGGACCGAUCGCGGAGACAAUGAUCAACGCGCUGCAGGCCGCGAAUGGUACCAUGACAAUGGAGGAUUUGCGCAACUAUACUGUAGCCAUUCGAAACGUAUCACAGAUCGAUUACCGGGGAUACCAGAUCACAAGCACAUCGGCUCCCUCAAGCGGUACUGUUGCCAUGAGUAUUCUGAAGAUUCUGAGUACUUACGAUGGCUUCUUCGUCCCGGAUAAUGUGAACUUGAGCACACACCGACUGGACGAAGCCAUGCGUUUUGGGUACGGUGAGAGAACUAAUCUCGGCGACCCUCUCUUCGUCGCUGGGCUGGAUGAGUAUGAAGAAAACAUGUUGAAGCAAUCCACCAUUGAUGAAAUCCGACGAAAGAUUUCCGAUUACCGCACACAGAAUGUGUCUGCCUACAAUCCGCAAGGAAUUGAGAGUCUGAAUGAUUCGGGUACAUCACAUGUGGUAGCGGCAGAUCAUACAGGCCUGGCGAUCUCCCUCGUCACAACCAUUAAUACCCUCUUUGGCAGCCAAGUCAUGGUUCCUGAAACCGGAAUCAUAAUGAACAACGAAAUGGACGAUUUCUCCGUUCCUGGAAAAUCCAAUUCUUUUGGAUAUGCUCCUUCAAAGGCGAACUACAUUCGCCCUGGAAAGCGUCCACUGUCUUCCAUCACACCCGCCAUAGUCACACGUCCGGAUGGAAAGUUAUUUUUCCUCGCUGGCUCCGCUGGUGGUAGCCGGAUUAUAACAGCCACCGUGCAAAAUAUAAUUCGCGUUAUUGACCAAGGACUAUCGGCAGCGCAGGCAUUGGCUCAACCCCGUUUGCACGAUCAGCUAAUACCAAAUCAGGUCAGCUUCGAGUAUACCUAUGACAAUUCAACCGUCGAUUUCAUGAAGUCUCGUGGUCAUAAUGUGACUUGGGUCGCUCCAGGUCAGAGCACGGCGCAGGCCAUCCGGGUUCUCCCGAAUGGGACAUUUGACGCCGCUGGAGAGCCCAGGCAGUUAGAUUCGGGCGGCUUCUCGAUUUGA